AUGCCUGAAAACGAUCAUGACUCGGUGAUCCCGGCCCAGCUCGCCUACCUUGCCAUCUACAACCCGAACCUCGGACCAACCGACGAGACGAUAGCAGAUCAGAUCGUGUUCUACACCUCGAAGUCAAGCCAUGCACGACAGCUCGAUAACUCUACAGCAGAGGAGGAUGAUAACAAAGGGUUUGAGGACGAAAAGAACGAGAGAUUGCGCCAGAUAGGUCUGGCGCAGGGCAUGGUGAACUUUGCUAGUAACUUUUCAGAUGGAAAGGCACUGGAAUAUAUUGAGACAGACAAAUCCCGUGUUAUUCUGCUGGAGCUGGAGAAGGACUGGUGGAUUGUUGCCUCUAUCGAUUUUACUCGACUUCCCGCUGAUCCAGCUCAUAAGCCUUCUUCGGGGGCAUCUGAUUCUCCGGCUUUCCAAUAUUCAUCGCGAGAAAUGGGACCGCCCCAUCUACUUGUCCAGCAAUUACGCCGCGCCCAUUCGAUAUUCCUUCUACACCAUGACUUCAUGUUGGACGAUUUGUACAAACAAGCUGGUAGAGCUUCCUUUUGCCUCUUUCUUGAACGGUUUUGGGACAAGUUUGCAUGGAACUGGGAACUUCUGUUGACCGGAAACCCAAUCGUCGAAAUGUAUAACGGCAUCAAACUCUCUGCUGGAGGAGAGUUGGGUAUUGGAGUUGGGGAAGAAGAAUGGGGAAGCGGAGAAAGAGAAGUACUCGAAGACUUUGUUACCAGAACAGAGGGCUUAGUGGACUUGGUUGUCUCCAGAUUUGGCGACUCGCCUGUACAAUUUAAUGGGUCUCCGGCUUCGACCAGGUCAAAUGACCAAGGACUAUGGCUUGGGGCAGACAAUGACCCUCGACCAUCCGAUGGCGUUAUAUUCGCUGGUGUCGGUGGUCUUUCCAGACUCUCGCUGGCACAGGUGUCACAGUGGAUGGAGUGGAUCUAUCGAUUUGGGGAUGCUACGUAUGGAGUUGGGCGGGACCCAACUUCGCUGCGUCGCCGCAAGCCAAAAAAGCAGCGCGGGAGGCCACCUCCAGAGAACCAGCCCUCCACACCGGAUCGCAGUUUUACGCCGGGUAUACCUCGUCCGCUUAUAAUGGCAACACCACAGCCACUUCAAGAGGUACCCGAAGGGAACGAGGCGGAAGUUGAAAUUGGCAAGAAUGAGAAUCCAGGGUUUCCCACGGAAACGGUCAUGAAGUACCUCACUCUUGGAUAUGGUUCUGCAUGGAGUUUCUCCCCAAAAUCAGCAACAUCUACGCCUCCUCGCAGCUCUACUCCUGGGCAGGGUGGAGCCACUUCGAGCACCUCAACCCCGAAGGACCAUUCCAGUGCCAACCCAUCUCAGGCUGAUGUGAAACCUCGAAGCAUUCCUUCUGGCCGUUUUGUUCUGGGACCUCGAGAUGAUCUAGAGACAUUGGAUGACCUGGAAGAAGGAAGUCCUGUUUCAGAAACCGAAAAUGGCAAGCCCAAAACUCGAAUAGUACAGAGAACUCUGCACGUACAUCUGGCAAAUGGAUCAGAUAAGACCCAAAAGAAGCUUCAAGCUGUGAUCUACGUGAACCAACCAUUCCUGUUCACAUUCCUCUUCGACCCUGAAACCCAAUCUCUCUCAUCCCCAUCUCUCUACUCAAGCAUGCACCACCAACUAGGUCCCCUCCAAAAGCCACUCCUUUCAUCAACAUCCCCAAAAAUGGCUGCCUCCCGCAUCUCCAUGUCAGAGACCUCUCCAGAUCCAAGCAAACACUUCUCGACAAGAUCCCAACCAGUCUACGAUCUGGUCUACGAUCCAUCAAACCUAACAAUCCGCUCGUCAAUCCCAAACAUCCCAGCCCUAAACAUCCCCCAGUCCCCCCAACAACCCCAAUCACCAGCACGCUCCCCCUCCCCAUCCACAUCCCCCUCUCCAGCCUUCCAACCCUGGUCCCGCCUCGAAAGCCUAGCAAUACACCACCGUCUCCUUUCAACAUACAUAGACACACGCUCCAGACCACAAGAGCUGGAAAGGACAAGCAAAACUAAUCGCGGAUGGUGGGUUGUCUGGGUACGCAUCCCACAAACACCAAACCAACAACCCUCACUAUCAACCACAUCUUCAUCCGUUGCCCUUUCAUCUCUGACGAACGAAGAUGAUCCCUUCACUGCUACCCCCUCUCCACCUCCCCAGGAAGUAUUUCUCGUCCGCAAAGCGAGCGACUACGUAUCACCCGCUACACACGGUCGUGUCAGUAGUGGCGCUCGCUUUUUCCGGGAUUUAGGUGGUGCUUCUGGCUCUUCCGGGUUGACGGGGACUUCUCGUGCGGCGGAAAUGGCGCCGUCGAAGUUGGUUGAAGGGUUGGGUAUGGAUGCUAGGCGGUAUAUUGAGGGAUUGUUAAGUUUGAAUCGGUAG